AUGGAAAGUGGAUAUAUUAAAGCAGAUAGUUCAAAUUUGCCAAGAAUUGAUUGCUUUACGGUGGCUAAUUUCUUCGCAACAAAUAGUAACUUCUGCUCUGCUGAAUUUAGAAAUGUGAAGACAUCCAUUUCCUCGAGGCAGUCAUAUGGAGACGAUGCUGUAGGAUAUGUCCAACUUCGUCGCGAUGCAAAAUUGUGCACUGUCAAGUGCAAAAUUUGCCCGGAACAUAAAGUUCGUAGUAAACCAUAUUCAGCCACUAUGGUUGUGGACGAAGAAAACGGUGUAAUAGUGAGUGCCCAGUGUCAUGAUUGUGCUGCUUCUGAAGGAGGUUGCAAACAUGCUGUGGCAUUCAUCAUGUGGGUCCACCGCAGAAGUGAGGAACCCUCAUGCACUUCAGUAGAAUGCUACUGGAAAAAGUCACGUCUAGCAAAGGUAGGCACAACAUUAAAACUUAUAACAUCAAAGGAGCUCUCUAAAGUGAGUCCACGAAGUUACCUGCCAGAUCCUGGUGUGUUAUCUGAAUUUUUAAAAGAGGGAAAGGAAAGAAAAAUUAAAAAUGUUCAGUUAUUUAAACACCAGCCAGAUUUCCACCAGGAAGAUGAUGUUAUAAUGUGUUCAAUGCACCAACUGUGCUUGAAAUAUAAGGAUGCUGACUGUGAGAGUUUUUUGGAAAAUGCCAGUUCCGUAAUCUCUAAAAAUACCUUAAUGGAAAUUGAAAAACUUACUAGAGAUCAAUCCCAAAAUAAAUUAUGGUUUGAGUUGCGAUAUGGACGCAUAACUGCAUCAAAAGCUUAUUCCGUCAGUAAAUGCAAAACCCCUGAUGGGAGUUUAAUUGCCCAAAUUAUGGGUGGCAAAACUCCUGAUACACCUGCAAUGAGCCGUGGGCGAAAAUUAGAAGAUGCUGUACGCAAAAUUGUAGAGGUUAAACUUGGAGUGAAAAUAGAAAAAUGUGGUUUAAUGAUUUCUCGAGAGUAUUUGAUGAUCGCUGGUUCACCAGAUGGUAUAAGUGAUGAAUUUGUCAUCGAAAUUAAGUGCCCAACAAGUGCUAGUAAUUAUAAGAACUAUGUCCAGGGAGAACAACCUACAAAAAUAUAUUAUGCACAAGUGCAGUUGCAAAUGUUUUUGUCACACAAGAAAAAAAGUUAUUUUUGUAUAGCGGAUAGUAACUUUGAAAGUAAUGAAAAUGUGAAUAUAAUUUGUGUUCACUUGGAUUCUGAAUAUGUUAAUAAUUUAUUAGUUCAACUUUCAGCAUUUUGGAAAGAGUAUGUCUACCCAUUGUUGAAUAAAAGUGUAAAAUAAAAAUGUUUUAUUUUCCAUU